AUGAGUACCCGCACAGUCGCUGUCCUCCUCGUGGCGGUCUGCCUCCCCUUCCUAGUUGCGGGGCAAGCCCCCGCUCCCGCUCCCGCUAAGCCUGCUGGUCCGGGCGGCCGCCCUCAUGGCACCAUGAACGGGAGCCUCCCCCUGAAUGGGACGCUCCCAGACCGUGAAAGCUACUUCAAUGGAACGCUGCCGUUCAACGGAACCUUCAACGGGACGAUGCCUCCUUUCAGAAACGGCAGUGAGCCUGGUAUGGGACGCAGAGGAGGUCCCGGAAGCCCCAUGGGUGCGCCGUUUGGCGCCCCCCGCGGGGCACCCCCCAACAUGACCAACUUCAACUUCACCGGUCUUAAUGGGACCUUCCCCUGCAGGCCCCGCGGCGGGCCUCGCAACAACCAGACCGCCACCCCGACCACCACCCCGACCCCCACACCGACUUCAACCGCAUAA